GGGCUGCCGGCCUUCUCCCUCUCCUCCUUCGACAUGCUCUACCCCGAGGACGGCGGCUGGGCUGCCAAGGGCCCCGGGGCCAGUGCCCGGGAGGAGCCGCCCGAGGAGCCCGACCAGUGCCCGGUCAUCGACAGCCAAGCCCCGGGGGGCAGCCUGGACGUGGGGCCGGGCGGGCUGAGCCUGGAGGAGCACUCCCUGGAGCAGGUGCAGUCCAUGGUGGUGGGCGAGGUGCUCAAGGACAUCGAGACGGCCUGCAAGCUGCUCAACAUCGCUGCAGACCCCGUGGACUGGAGCCCUGGCAACGUGCAGAAGUGGCUCCUGUGGACAGAGCACCAGUACCGGCUGCCCCCCGUGGGCAAGGCCUUCCAGGAGCUGGCGGGCAAGGAGCUCUGCACCAUGUCGGAGGAGCAGUUCCGCCAGCGCUCGCCCCUGGGUGGGGACGUGCUGCACGCCCACCUGGACAUCUGGAAAUCAGCGGCCUGGAUGAAAGAGAGGACCUCGCCUGGGGCGGCUCACUACUGCGCCUCCACCAGCGAGGAGAGCUGGACGGACAGCGAGGUGGACUCCUCCUGCUCCGGGCAGCCCAUCCACCUGUGGCAGUUCCUCAAGGAGCUGCUGCUCAAACCUCACAGCUACGGUCGCUGCAUCCGGUGGCUCAACAAGGACAAGGGCAUCUUCAAAAUUGAGGACUCGGCCCAGGUGGCCCGGCUGUGGGGCAUCCGCAAGAACCGGCCGGCCAUGAACUACGACAAGCUGAGCCGCUCCAUCCGCCAGUAUUACAAGAAGGGCAUCAUCCGCAAGCCCGACAUCUCGCAGCGCCUGGUCUACCAGUUCGUGCACCCCGUCUGAGGGCCAGCCAGGCCCCGAGAGUGCCCUCCCGGCCUCGCCCUGGGCAGCGGGCAGAAAGGGCCAUCUGGUGGUGAUCUGGGGUCCCAGGUCAGGCAGGGGCUGGCCCGCGGCUCCCGGGGGGCCGGGGGGCGGGUUACUUCCACCUCGGACCCCACCGCUCAACACCCAGUGUACUGGGGCCCGGCGCAGCCAGGACGAGCUGGGGCUGCUCUUAGUGACUGCUGCUCGCCUGAGAAGGGCCUCCCUCCGCCAUUCUGACCCCGAUCUCCAGACCAGAGCUGCAGAACGGCCGUGACUCGGCUGAGGCCACCGCAAGCCUGCGCUCUGCUACACCCCCUGCCACCCAUUCUGCCACGUGCCUGGCAUGGUGCUGGGAGACGCGUGCACCCCUGGGUUGGGGAGCCAGGGGGCCCUUGGGAAUGGGUAAUAAAGA